ACGCCGCUCGUAUCUGCGCUUUAUUUCCUGUGUGCAGAGCAAGCUGCAGUGCGUUCGCCAAGAGUACAUUUACACUUCGAUGUUGACAUCAGAAAAUAACCGGGAAGACGAAGUUUACUCAUCUCCACAUUUGUCCUACACGUCUGUAAGAAAGGAAGAGGUUCGGGGCAGAGCAGGAUUCAUGUAAUCUGAAACCACCCCGUCAGAAUCCACCGCCGGAUUCUCAGCCGGGUUCAGAAACGACAGCACACCUCUCAAAAUGCACCCCACCAGCUGUGACGUCCCGCUGGACGCCAUGGGAGACAUAAAUAACCAAAGUUGUAAGGACCGGGGUGAUUCGUGCCAGACUUCCGCAAUGCCCCCUGGCUGGAUCAGGGAGGUGAGGCAGAGGAAAGCAGGCAAGACAGCGGGCAAACUUGACGUCUACAUCACAAGUCCCAAAGGGCAGAAGUUCCGGUCCAGGGCAUCCCUGCACGCUUUCCUUCUAAAGAAUGAAGAAGGGAGCUUAGACAUAAACCUCUUUGAUUUCACCACAUCCAGGGAUGAUGUCAUUACCUCUUCACAAAUACUCCCCUCCCAAAUUAAACAGAGGAGAACAAAGAAAAAACAUGCAGAUGCUGGACAGCAGAAGACCACACAAGAUGCAACAGAAAUUCUGGAUCCGCCUCCAAAUAAAUCUAAAAGAGCCUCUUCCUCCUGCAGUAGUACUAAAGAAGAAACUGUAAAGAGUAUAGAUGAUACUAACCAUAUUGAUAGUGAAAUUUCACUAGAGGAGGCCACACAUGUGUUAGAGGUGUGUAGAGACAAAACUGACAAGCCUUCAGCAGCAGUGGAUGAUGUCAAACUGCAGAAGAGCCCCCAUAGAGUCGGGCUGAGAGAGAAACUACUCCGACUAGCUCCAUCUAGCACACAAAAAAACACUUCCUGUGUUCACGAGGAAGAGCAGGCAGGCUCGCAGCCUUCUGUCCCGACUGUGAAUGUUGAGACUGCCACUGAGAGUGAGAAUGAGGGUGAGGAUGAGCAAGGCGGAGAGGAGAUACAGAUUCACAGCAAAGGCGACAACAGGCCUAAUCCUGAGACAGAGACUGGUGCUGACAGUCGUCGGGAUGUGGAAGAGGAGGUGUUGUUACCUGACAUCGCUGGCAGAAGCUGCACACCAGUGAGAGAUUCCCAGAAUAAGUCCAAGAGCUUGGAAGACAAACGGAAAACAAGUCCUUAUUUCAGUGGGAAAACUUUCAAAGAUGGACUUAGCCCUCCUAGGAGGAAGGCCUUCAAGAAGUGGACGCCCCCUCGUUCUCCAUUCAACCUCGUACAGGAAACCCUUUUCCACGACCCCUGGAAGCUCCUGGUUGCCACAGUUUUUCUGAACAAGACCAGUGGCAAGAUGGCCAUUCCAGUACUGUGGCAGUUCUUUGAGCGUUACCCGUCUGCAGAGGUGACCCGGAAGGCCGACUGGAAGCCCAUGUCUGAACUUAUGAAGCCUCUUGGCCUCUAUGAGCUCAGAGCCAAAACACUCAUCCGCUUCUCAGAUGAAUAUCUAAAUAAACAGUGGCGUUACCCUAUUGAGCUGCAUGGUAUUGGGAAGUAUGGCAAUGACUCCUAUAGGAUCUUCUGUGUGGAGGAGUGGAGACAGGUGACACCUGCAGAUCACAUGUUAAACAAAUACCACGCCUGGCUGUGGCAGAACCAUGAAACACUUGGAAUCUGAAAGGCAAAGUACGAGGAACUGCCAAGGAGGUUUUGUUGUGACACAUUCAAGAAAGUCAGUUAUAUCACAUAAACACUGCAGUUAUGUAGAUUUGUAUAUAAGCAUGUAUGAUAAACUAGCACUGCUAAAACUGAAUUGUCUUACAAUUAUGCUGUGAUAUUCUAGAGAUAUCAAUGUUAGCCUUUCUUUAAAAAAAAUUUUACUCACUAUGUAAUAAAAUGUUUUAAGUGGUUUAAAAGUUAAAA